AUGUCGAAUAAAAGAAGUAAGUACUGUGCACACUUCAAAAAAAUCGAAGACACCGCCGAAUGCGUCUAUUGCGGAUCGAUUUUGAAUUGGUCGAAAAGUGUUGGAACUAAUAACAUUCGAACGCAUCUGAAAAAUGCACACCCAGAUGUAUUAAAACAGAUCGAGAAAGAAGAAGUCGAAAAAAUAGAUGAGGAGCGGGCCAAGCUAGAGAAAAAACGACAAAAUUCAAUCCAAUUCCCGGUUGUAGAACUAAAGAAGAUUAGAACAUGCGAAACUGCAUCUCGAGCGGAAAAAUUCUGGAGAAGUGGUGCUGAUAAUAGUGAGGCAAUUGAAAUGGCUGUUAUGAAAAUGAUUGUUUCUGAUAAUUUGCCUUUGAGAACAUUGGAAAAGGAAGGAUUUCAAUUUCUAAUGAAAACAAUUUGUCCUUCAGUGAAACUGAAAUCUCGUUUUCAUUAUACGGAAAAACUGCUACCGCUUCUGGAGUCCAAAAUUAAUGAAAAAAUUGUCGAGGAUCUCAAAACGAUGGAGCAUAUCAGCAUUACGACUGAUGGGUGGAGUUCAAAACAUAAUAAUCAUCACAUGCUGAGCGUCACAGCUCAUUGGAUUGACAAGAACAAUUUCGGCCCGAGGUAUUGUAUUUUGGGUUGUAAAUCUGUUUACGGAAAACACAACUCGAUCAACUAUUGUGAAAAAGUACAAGAAACAUUGUCAUUAUAUGGAAUCUCCGAAUCAAAAGUGGUUCGAGUUGUAAAAGACGGGGCAUCCGUAAUGACAGCAAUGUGUGAUCGAAUGGAUUUAGAUGGAUUACAUUGCUUUGCCCACUUCUUGCAAUUAUGUGUUUCCGACGUAUUUUACGAGGAUAACUUGGAAUUUGGAAGAGUGAUAGAAAAAAUGAAAAAAAUUAUCAGAAAAGUUGCGAAGUCGUCGACAAUCCGGGAUCAAUUCAAAAUGAUUUUACUCGAAGAAGAACUACCUGAGCGUAUGCUCCAGAAAGAGUGCAGGGUUAGAUGGAACAGCAUGUUCAAAAUGAUGUCGACAUUCAUUGAAUCAAAACGGGCAAUUAUGAUUCUACUGCUAGACAAUAAGAAUAAAAAAUUUCCGGAUUUAACCGAUAUGGAUUGGAGUAUGAUUUCCGCAGCACAUCAGGCUCUUGAACCACUUUCCGAAACUACGAAAGCCCUUCAGAGUCGCUUUUCGGCCACCUCUUCUGUAAUCGUACCUUGUCUGCAAGUUUUGGAUUUUAAGUACAAUGAAAUCAUGAAACAAAUUGAUGAAGAUGAUAAUCUGGCGAUGAAAUACGUUGAAGGCUUGAUAAAAGCUCUGAAAUCUCGCCGCGCAAAAUACAUCAACGAUGAACAAUUAAAAAUUUCCACUUUUAUCGAUCCUCGUUACCGUGAUGCAUACUUCACGCAUUCGUUCAAGGAGAACAUUGUUGCCCUACUCGAUACUGAAAAUGAAUUUCUGGAAAGUUCAGAUAGUGAAGUUGAAGAGGAGGCUGUAAAAGAAAUAGUGUCUGGUUCGCUAUUCGAUCGUUAUCUUAAUAUGAACAAAAGAUUCACUCCUACGAUGCAAAUUAACAAGAAUAGAAACAAAUAUAAAGAAGAAGUUGAUUUAUAUCUUUCAACGAGACCUGAUCCAUCUGUGAACCCGUUCCAAUUCUGGAAAGACGCCACAACUUUCCCAAAUCUCAAAAACCUGGCACUAAAAUAUUUAUGCAUUCCGGCAACUUCUACUGAAUCGGAGCGUCUAUUCUCGGUCACUGGAAUGAUUUGCACGGAUAAAAGAACGAGAAUGAGAAGCGACCGAGUUGAGCGCUUAACUACAUGCAAUUUGAAUCUCAAAGUGUAUGGUAUUGAAAUUUAA